AUGGCAUGCUGGCUUCUGCUCCUGAUUGCAAACGUCUGGAGCCUGUCGAAUCUGGCGGCAGCCACUGAGGAUGUGGCCGCAGCAAUGGCAGUGGAUGAUGAGUGUGGGCAUGAUGCCCCUUGCUCGCUGAAUGCCUUGCAGGUUCAGACCGAGAGAACGGACGGCCUCGAGGAACCAACACGAUGUGACAACAGCAGCGCCUGUGCAGAUAAUCGCACAUGUGUCUUCAAGCCAGAUCGAAGUUGGAGUCAGUGCGUUCCUGUGGACGAUGGCACUUUCCAGAAGGAGUGCCGGUACUGGGACAGAGGGCUACGUGAUCAGGCGAUCAUCGCAACUGGCAUCAGGUGCAACAGUGUCCAGUGCGAGUAUGACCAGGACUGCCCAUUGUCCACGGUCUGCGUGUCCAAGCCAGACGACAGUUGGGCCCAAUGUGUGCCUCUCACGAAGAAGGAGUUCCAGACAGCUUGUGUCAAGUGGGAGGAUGACUUUCGCUUAGCCGGCAUUCGAGCCACUGGCUUCAAUUGCCCAAAUUCCAGAUGUUACUCCCAGGACUGGUGCGUCAGAGGUGCUAGGUGCGCCUUGCAGAGCGAUGGCAAAUGGGGGCAAUGCAUCUCCUGCCAUGAUGACAGCUUUCAGACAAACUGCUACUCGUGGAAGGCCACUUUCAUCUCGGCUGCUGAGUACGCAUGUCACCGGAAGUGCCGGUAUGAUCUGGAGCCUGACAGUGAAGAUGAGAAGUAG